UUCCCAUCUGUUAUUGGCUCCCACAGUGUCAGUAUUUCCGGACGGCCCGUGAAGGCAGCAUGAGGGGAUGAAGGGGGCUGUCACUAAGCUAACAUUAGCCACAUAGAGCUAAGUCCAGUGAACGCACCAGCUCCGUCAACAUGCCCCUGGAUGUUUCUCCGGCCCGUUUGUUUCCGGGUUCUAACCUCGGAGCUUCUUUAAAAACGUGUUAGCUCGUUCACGAUGCAGCGUUUCAACGAGCCGAGCUAGCCGGGCCGGCGGACCCCCUGUUCCCGUCGUCGCGGCCGCAAUCGGUUGCUAACCGGAGCGAGUUGUUGUUAGCUUUAGCUUUAGCCUGGCGAACAUGGCGAUCGUGUCUGGCUCCUGUGCCCGGGUGAACGGCUCCAGGAACGGGCCCUCCGUGUCCGCUACGCCCUCCGGCUCCGCGGGACAGUCCCAGCCCAUGAUCGCGGUGUGGGAGUGGCAGGACGACCUGGGCUUCUGGCGGCCGUACAGCGGCCAGGUGAGCGCCCACAUCGAGCGGUGCCUGUCGCCGCGGGGCCACAGAGGAGCGGGACCCGGCUCCACGAGCAUCUGCCUCGGACAAUCAGACCCCAGCCUGUCGCCUUAUCUCAUCGACAUCCCGAGCUUGAAGCAGUUCCGCCAGGACACGGGAAAGACUCGGUCGGUACGUCGGUCCCUGUUCGCUCAGUCCUCAGGCCUCGGCAGUGGUGUUUACUGGGAAUGGGCCAACGACGAAGGAGGGUGGACUCCGUACGAGACUCGAACCUCCAUCCUUUUGGAGCACAGCUAUCAGGCGCGCCAAGGCACCGCAGACCUGGGGCCUCAUGGAUAUAAUUACAUCGUGGAUCUCACCUCUCUGGCCCAGGUGAACAAAGCCACAGGGUUCAGGCGGCAGGUGCAACGUCAGUGUAACCUCCCAUACCCGCUGGCCUCCAACGGCCCCCCGGCCAUCCCCUCGGGCCCGUGUUCUUGCCAGCAGUGUUUGAGCCACAGCAGCACGGGACCCAUGCCCAGCCGUUCACGACACUCCUUCUCUUCGGGGAGUCUGAACAGGCCCAGCCUCCAAGGGACAGGGAGGGCUGUGGCGACUCACCCCACAUCUGUCUACUCGCCAUACCCAAGGAGACCCCUCUCCGUUGGGGCGAUGUCUUGGGGCAGCCCCUGGCCUCCACCACCCUCUGGAAGUCAACUUUCUGCGCCGCUUCUGACCAGCUCCGCCAGUGCAAAUGGGUUAAGCGUUCCCUCCAUCUCUGUGCAGCUGAACGGAUCCACCAGCGUCAGCUCGGCCCUGGCAGGCAUGGCCUCCAUUUUGAUGUCAGCAGUGGGACUUGGCGUGCACUUCACCAAUGCCCCCCUCCCUCAGCAGCAGCAGCAUCAGCAUCAGCAGCAGCAGCAGCAGCAGCAUCAGCAGCAGCAUCAGCAGCAGCAUCAGCUUCAGCUUCAGCAGCAGCAACCUGCUCCUUUCUCUCUUCCUCCUCCUCUCCUCCCCCCAGCCAGCAGACCCAGCAAGCCCCACAGCAGCAGCAGCAGCAGCAGCAGCAGUUCAGUUAGGAGAGCAAAGAGGCAGCACAGGAGAG